AUCUCUGCCCCAAUAUGAUAGCUGCCCAAGCCAAACUAGUCUACCAUCUAAACAAGUACUAUAAUGAGAAAUGUCAAGCUCGGAAGGCCGCUAUAGCCAAGACCAUCAGAGAAGUAUGCAAAGUGGUGUCAGACGUACUCAAGGAAGUGGAAGUGCAGGAGCCCCGGUUUAUCAGCUCUCUCAACGAGAUCGACAGCCGCUUCGAAGGGUUGGAGGUAAUUUCACCUACCGAGUUCGAGGUGGUCCUCUACCUAAACCAGAUGGGAGUAUUCAACUUCGUGGACGACGGCUCCUUACCUGGCUGCGCCGUGCUAAAGCUAAGCGACGGUCGCAAGAGGAGUAUGUCUCUGUGGGUGGAAUUCAUUACGGCUUCGGGAUAUCUCUCAGCGCGUAAGAUCCGCUCCAGGUUUCAAACACUGGUGGCUCAGGCUGUGGACAAAUGUAGUUACCGAGACGUGGUGAAGAUGGUGGCUGAUACCAGUGAGGUGAAACUCCGGAUCAGGGACCGAUACAUCGUGCAGAUCACUCCCGCUUUCAAGUGUACUGGGAUUUGGCCGAGGAGCGCGGCACACUGGCCAUUGCCUCAUAUCCCCUGGCCUGGACCGAACCGGGUGGCGGAGGUCAAGGCCGAGGGAUUCAACCUGCUCUCCAAAGAGUGUUAUUCCCUUUCCGGCAAACAGAGCUCAGCAGAGAGCGAUGCUUGGGUUUUACAGUUUGCCGAGGCCGAGAACAGGCUUCUGCUCGGGGGCUGUCGGAAGAAAUGCCUAUCCGUUCUCAAAACUUUACGCGACCGGCACCUUGAACUGCCUGGACAGCCUCUCAAUAACUACCAUAUGAAAACUCUGGUUUCCUAUGAAUGUGAGAAACAUCCCAGGGAAUCCGACUGGGACGAGUCAUGUUUGGGAGAUCGCCUAAACGGGAUCUUACUGCAGCUCAUCUCCUGCCUUCAGUGUCGCAGAUGUCCACAUUAUUUCUUACCCAAUCUAGAUUUAUUUCAGGGCAAACCACAUACCGCUUUGGAAAAUGCAGCAAAACAAACCUGGCGCCUCGCGAGGGAGAUACUCACCAAUCCCAAAAGCUUAGAAAAACUUUGA